GCGGCGGCGGCGUCGGGCGCGCCGAAGGGCUCCUGCUUCUCCAGCAUCCAGAUCUUCCUGGUCUCCGAGUGCGCCCUCAUGCUGGCGCAGGGCACGGUGGGCGCCUACCUGGUGAGUGUCCUGACCACCUUGGAGCGGAGGUUCAACCUUCAGAGUGCCGACGUGGGAGUGAUUGCCAGUAGCUUCGAGAUUGGGAACUUGGCCCUCAUCCUGUUCGUGAGCUACUUCGGUGCCCGGGGACACAGGCCGCGCUUGAUCGGAUGUGGGGGGAUCGUCAUGGCCCUGGGAGCGCUUCUCUCAGCUCUUCCCGAAUUCCUGACCCACCAGUAUGAAUACGAAUCCGGGGAAAUUCGCUGGGGGGCUGAAGGGAGGGACGUGUGCGUGGUCAACGGAUCGACCAGUGACGAAGGGCCGGACCCGGAGCUAAUCUGCAGGAACCGGACUGCCACAAAUAUGAUGUACUUGCUUCUCAUUGGAGCGCAGGUCCUCCUAGGUAUUGGUGCUACUCCUGUGCAACCUCUAGGAGUUUCCUACAUCGAUGACCAUGUGAGGCGGAAAGAUUCUUCCCUGUAUAUAGGGAUCUUGUUUACAAUGCUGGUGUUUGGACCAGCCUGCGGUUUUAUCUUGGGCUCUUUCUGUACCAAAAUCUAUGUGGACGCCGUCUUCAUCGACACAAGCAAGCUGGACAUCACCCCCGAUGACCCACGGUGGAUCGGCGCAUGGUGGGCAGGCUUCCUUCUCUGCGGUGCCUUACUCUUCUUCUCCUCCCUCCCGAUGUUUGGGUUCCCGCAGUCCUUGACCAACCAGCCGGAGCACAUGACUGAGGCCGAGGAAGCCAUGCUCCCAGACCAGGACUACGAGAGGCCCAAGCCGAGUAACGGGGUCCUCCAGCAACACUCCCUGGAAGCAGAGGAGGGCAGCUCCUGUCUCCAGCAGCUGAGAGUGAUCCCGAAAGUAACCAAGCACUUGCUCUCCAACCCUGUGUUCACCUGCAUCGUCCUGGCUGCAUGCAUGGAGAUCGCCGUGGUGGCCGGGUUUGCGGCCUUCCUCGGGAAAUACCUGGAACAGCAAUUCAAUCUCACGACAUCGUCAGCGAACCAGCUGCUGGGCAUGACGGCGAUUCCGUGCGCGUGUCUGGGCAUCUUCCUGGGGGGUCUCUUGGUCAAGAAGUUGAGCCUCUCUGCCCUCGGAGCCAUCAGGAUGGCUAUGCUGGUCAACCUGGUGUCCACGGCUUGCUACGUCUCUUUCCUCUUCCUGGGCUGCGACACGGGACCCGUGGCUGGGGUGACCGUUCCCUAUGGAAACAACUCUGCACCAGCCUCGGGCUUGGCCCCAAAUUCUGCCUGCAAUAACAACUGUAAAUGCCAAACCGAUUCCUUCACUCCAGUCUGUGGGGCAGAUGGGAUCACCUACUUAUCCGCCUGCUUUGCCGGAUGCACUAGCACGAAUCUCACGAGUUGCGCAUGCCUCAGUUUGGUCCCAGCCGAGAAUGCCACGGUCGUGCCUGGGAAAUGCCCCAGCCCUGGUUGCCAAGAAGCCUUCCUGACAUUCCUCUGCGUGAUUUGUGUCUGCAGCAUGAUCGGCGCCAUGGCGCAGACGCCCUCCGUCAUCAUUCUCAUCAGAACAGUGAGCCCAGAGCUGAAGUCUUAUGCCUUGGGUGUCCUCUUCCUCCUUCUCCGUUUGUUAGGUUUUAUCCCACCCCCUCUGAUCUUUGGUGCGGGAAUUGACUCAACGUGUCUGUUCUGGAGCACCUUCUGCGGUGAACAAGGAGCGUGCGCACUUUAUGACAACAUCAUCUACAGGCACCUGUACGUAAGCAUUGCGAUCGCCCUGAAGUCCUUUGCGUUCAUCCUGUAUACCACCACCUGGCAGUGCUUGAGGAAAAACUAUAAGAAAUACAUCAAGAACCACGAAGGGGGACUCAGCACGAGUGAAUUCUUUGCCUCUACUUUGACCCUGGACAACCUAGGGCGAGACACUAUCAGUCAGAACCCGGCUCACAGGACAAAAUUUAUCUACAAUCUCGAAGAUCAUGAAUGGUGUGAAAACAUGGAGUCUGUUUUAUAGUGACCACUGGGCUGU